GUACCAUAGUUUCUUUCACCCUCCCCCUCCCCCCCCUUUAUUUACUUCUUACUUGGUUUUAUUACUUUUUCUUCUUCUUCUCCUUCUUCCCCUGUUUUAUCCAUUUUGAUUUCUCAAUCAUGGAAAAGGCUCAUGGUGCGGUGUUUUGUUGUGUAUGAUUUAGCAGGAUCGGUUCCCAGAGUGGCUGGCUGGCGUUUGAUAUUUUUAUAUUCGUGGACCAGGUAUCGGGUCAUCUGGUCUUUGGGUUCCCUUUUUACCCAUACUCAUUUUCCUUUCUUCUCUUUUCUUUACUGGGUCUUGGAUACCUGCAAUACCGUGGUUUCCAAGGGAGGAUACCUAACUCGCGAGUUGUAGGAUUAACAAGGAAGCAGUGUAUGGGGAAGGGAAUGAUGAAUACCGCCAUAGUUAUGGAAGCA